GUGUGAAGCAGUCCUGAAGCCUGAGUUGCAGAGCCUUUCGGAGCCAUGGCUUCCCCGGCCCUUCCGGAGGUUUCGCCGAUUCUCCCGGUCCCCUCGUUCGGCGAGAAACAAAGGCAUUUCUCCUCUUCCUCCAGGCUGGAGCACCCUUCGGACAGUAAGCUCAGCAACGGACUCGAGCAGGGAAAUCACUUCAUAUAUGUGGAUCUUAAUCAUGUGACCAAAUUGCUUGAAGAAACCGACUCAAUUAUAGAAGAACAAAUCCAAGCAUGUCAGAAGGUUGCAAAGCACUAUGAAUAUGGAAUUCCUUUGAAUGAUUUAGCACACAUCUCUAAAAUUUUAAACUUAUGUGUGGAGAAAAUUCAGCUGGACAAUGUUUUUAUAGAAACUACAUGUGAAAUUCUUAAAUUAUAUGGGUUACCAUUUUACAAAAAGAAGUUAUCUGAUGAAGGAAAGUAUGCUAAAGAAGUUCAAGAAUCAAUUGCACAAUUGGGUUACUUGAUCAGAGUGCCAUGUUCUCAAAUAAGAAUACAAAUAUGUAAGUGUAUUAUUAGCUUUUACCAUGCUGAUCUAUCAGUAAAAGAAUUUGAAGGUUAUCAACCUACAAGUGCAAAUUAUAAAAAGCAGAUUGUAGAAUUAGGAGGUUUAGCAGAGACUUUGGUUUUAUCGCUAACACUUGUUGAAAAUCAACUUUCUGAGAAAUUAUGGAUCAUUAAAACUUUGCAACAUCUUUCUAUUUCUGAAGCAAAUUGUAAACUUAUGAUGAAAGCUCAAGCACCAAGAAUACUAUGUUCUCAUCUGAAUGACAUUGACCCCUCUGGGCAAUUAUUAUUCCGUUCCUCAGAAAUCCUUUGGAAUUUAUUAGAAAAAACCUCCAAGGACCAAAUUAUCGACCAGCUCAGUAACUUGGAAUGUGUACAUGCUCUGAAGGAAGCAUUUACUAAUCUACUUAUACAUGGUUUCCGCCAUUAUGAUCGUCAGUUAAGAAAUGACAUUUUGGUGAUAGCUACCCUUGUUGCUCAGAACCCAGGAGCUCCAAUGAUCGAAACUGGAUUUGCCAAGCAAUUAAUACUAUUUGCCACUUUUGAUGAAGUGAAAAGUCAUAACCCUUUGGUAAAAGGUCUUAAGUUUACUUCCUGCUAUGAAGACUUUGAGCUGAAAAAGCUGCUGCUUAACAUGCUUACUGUACUAGCAAAAGAUUUAUGUUCUGUUCAGCUGUUGCAUGAGGGUAAGGUUAUACUGGCUUUGUUUCAUUAUUUAAAACCAAAUGAAAAGGGAGGAGCACUUGAUAUGUCUGCAGCACAGUAUGAAGAAUUACAGCUUCUUGCUAUUGCUACAUUAGCAACAAUGGCUCCCUUAUUGAUAGAAGACUAUAUGCUGUGCCAAGGAAAUACUCGCCUUCUGCUGUUUCUAGAAUGGUGUGUGAGCAAUGAUCCCUUCUUUACUCAAGGUAAUAGUUUCCAUGGUACAGGUGGUCGUGGCACCAAACUUGCACAGAUGCGCUUCUGCUUGAGAGUCCUGAAUCCAAUUGUAUCUCUCGGUGAUGAUGCUGUGAAUGUUGACCUUUGUGAUCAAGGGGCAAUUCAUCAACUGUUAGGUAUCUUAAAAACUACCACAACUAAUCAUAAAGAUUCCGCCCUUGUGAUGGAGAUUCAGAGUGAUCUCUUUCUUAUUUUGUCAACUCUUUGUGAAAGUAAUCUCCAUAGAAAGGAGCUCUUUGGAUGGGAAGGAGUGGAUACCCUUAUUCCAUUUAUGAAGAUAGAUGCCAAAAAUUUCUAUAGUGGAUUGGGUCAUAAUCGUCUUCUUUUCUGUGCUCUGGACUGCUUAUGGUGCUGUGUCAUGGGUUGCACUAUUUUGGAAGACUAUUUUCUUGAAAAAGAAGGUCUCUUCACUCUAUUAGAUUUGCUUUUAUUAAAUCAAAAGAAUGUAUGUAACCUAAUUCUUGGAAUAUUAGUUGAAUUUUGUGAUAAUCCUAAAACUGUAUCCCACAUCAAUGUUUGGCGAGGGAAAAAAGACCAAACAGCAGCUAAUUUGUUAAUAAACUUAUGGAGACAAGAAGAAGAAGAGAUGGGAGUGAAACAUGAUAAAGCUGGAAGAAUUGUUGAUACAAAGAAGCCACUAGUUGGCCAGUUCCAAAAAACACAAGAAAUAAUUCCAAUGCCUGCUAGCUGUCCCACUAUUGCUGUCAUGGAUGUUGCUGAAAAUAUGAGGGCAAAAAUUUAUUGUCUAAUAUGUAAAUUAGGUUUUGAAAACUUGCCUGGACUCUGUGCAAGGGAUUUUGUUACACUUGCUAUUAUACGCAGGUACCUAGACUUCAAGGUUGGUGAGAUCUGGGAUGAAGUAUGUGCAGAACUUAAAAAAGAAAAAUUUAGACCAGUGACACCUGAUCAGGAAGCAUUACAACUUAUUACUGAAGCCCUUGAAAACGUUGGAAAGAUUGUAGUCUCUCUCCAAACUGAGAUGCUAGAAAGCCAGCAGUUUCAGGAACUUCAGGAGGAGGAAAAAUGUUAUGGGAGGAUUCAUUCUCUCCAUAAACAAAAGGAAAUGGUCAAUAAAUCUUGGGAAAAUUUCUUAGCUCGCACAUCAAAUUAUGAGGCUCUGAAGAAAGCAAAAAGACUUCGAGAAAAAUCUAUAGAAAAUUCUAGACCAAAGAUGAAACACUAUAGUGCAACUUUCCAUCCAACUGACAUUAAAGGCCUAAAUACAACAGUUGCAUCCGGUCGCUUAGUAACAGUGGAAAGUACACCUUCUGAAUUAAUUGGAGGGCCACUAGCUGAUACAGAUCUUGCACUGAAAAAGCUUCCAAUUCGUGGAGGAGCCUUAAAAAAAAUUGAAGGAAUUAAAGUAAUAGAUUCAUUCAAGAAAAGUUCAGUAACUGUGAAAUAAAUGUUGUCCAAUACUGAUAUUGACAGUUUUGAAUAGCUCUGUGUAUAGAGUUUUAUUUAAUUUAUAUGUACAUCUUAAUGGUCUAUUUGGAUCAUCUGUGAGACUGGUAAAAUGUUCUCUUUAGACAGUAUAUACACAUACUUAGGGGUGCACAUAUACGUAUUCAAGUAUAAUAUUUUGAAAUAACAUGGAUGUCAUUAUUCUAACCAAUAAAUCUAGUACAUUAUGAAGAU